UGACUAUAAUAACGCGAACACGUCCGUAGGUUGAUCACCGAACCCAACCCGCUACCACCACUGCCGCCGGGACAACAGAUUAUUUGUUAUGUUUUAUCGUUAAACUUUUAAUCUCAUUAUUUAAAAUUCUGCAACCCAUUGUUUGACAUAGAUUAAUUAUUUUAUUUAUCUGAUAUUAUUAUCCAGAACAGAGUGCGUGUCCGCUAGAGUGCGUAUCCGCGAAUAAAAGAUUCCUUUGUUUACUAGCUCUUACUCCUUGAUCUCAUCCCUAUAACACAGCUGAUACCUUGACUCGUCUAUCAAUAAUUGUAAUAUUUUGAUAGAAUUUUUUCAAAAUAUUUACCAAUUGUUGAAGUCCUCGUGCAUCAUGUUCUUGUAAAGUUUUAAAACGGAAAUCGUGGGUCAUUAGAAUUAUUGACCAUGUUUGUAACGCGUGCUGCUGCUUAUCGAUGGCUGUUGUAUAUAUUUGUACACCUUCAGUUAACCACACAAUCCGAUGGCAACUGGCUCAAAAACUUUGCUAAGCCAAAGCCUCAACUCAGACUCAUGGAAGGUGUUCCUGAACAUUUACACAAUGUAAUGCCUUACGAACAAGUACAAUUUAGUAAUCCAAACGUAUCUACAGCAUAUACAAGCUCUACUAAGUUUCAAGCUGCUGGCAUGGGACACUUAUAUUUUAUCACCAACAAAUUCAUUGAGUACAUCUUGAAUGACCAAGCUUUUCCUGAAGGAUUUGUUGAUGUAGAAGAAGAUAGUAAUACAAUUCAAGUAGAUUAUUUAUCUAAUGAUUGGCCAAAGUUAGUCAGUCAUUAUUGGGCUAGUGCUUCAGUAUUAAUGGCUGGUUUAGUAUUUGCUGUUCUUAUGCCUUUAAUUGGUCUUACAUUGUGUUGUUGUCGCUGUGCUGGAGGUUGUGGAUCACGAUCUCAGCCAUUUGAUGCAAAAUAUGAUUCUUGUAGAAGACAAUUUUAUGGUAUAAUCUUAGCAGCACUCACUAUACUCAUAUCGUUUGGCGUUGUGUGCACCUUUGUUAGUAAUGAAUAUUUAGAAGAUGGAGUAAAAGAAUUACCAGUAAAUGUAAAGAAGUCACUAGGAGAUACCAGAUUAUUUAUAAAUAAUACUAAAAAAGAAGUAGAUAAUUUGUUGGUUGUUAAUUUUGAUGAAUUGGAAGAAACAUUAUCCAAUAUUCUAGAAGCAAGUGGUGAAAUAGUUAAAAAGAAAUUAGGGGAUGUAUCUAAAGCAUCUGUAUUGUCAAACUUAACUGCUGUUGUUAAUGGAUUAGGGCUCAUUAAACAAGACCUUUCUAAUGUAGAUUUAUUAACACGACAAUUACAAGAAACAGCUCUUCAAUUAGAUACAGCUUUGAAGGAAUCUCGAUCUUAUAUAUUGAGUAAAUUACAGUCCUGCAGACAAGAGCGUGCUUGUCGUGAUUUUCUUCUUCGCUAUAAUAUUCAAGAUCUUUCAUUAGAAGCAAACUUUAGUCAGAUAUUAGAUGAUCAACUACCAAAGCUACCAAAUGUGACUGCAAGUUUAAAGAAUAUAUCUGAUCUUAUAACAGCGGAUAUUGAAAAAGAAGUGAUGAAAGGUCAACAACAGUUUGAAAAAGUAAAAACAGUUAUACAAAAUGCUGUUAAUGACAAUAUACCUGUGAUCAAACAAAAUAUUAGAAAAGUUGGAAAUGCAAUAAAAGAAAAUUGUGAUAAAGUUGAUAAAGUAUUGGAUAGAGUAGACAAUGCUAUUGUAAAUUCAUAUACACCUAUGCAAAAAGGAGAAGGUUUAUUAAAAGAAUUUUCACCUUUCAGAUAUUAUGUUUGUCUUGGAGUUUCAAUUACAUUAUUUUUGAUUUUGAUGUGCUUGACUCUUGGAUUAUUCUGUGGUUUUUGUGGAAGUCGUCCUGAAGGUGGUUAUCAUGAUGAUUGUUGCAACAAAGGAACAGGUGCUUCAUAUUUAAUGAUGGCUGUAUGGUUGAUGUUUUUAUCUUCAGCAUUUUUAAUGAUAAUUUCAUUAUUCUACUUUGUAACUGGUGUUACUACUGACCGAAUUGUAUGUGAGCCUUUGCAAAAUCCUACACCAUCUAGAGUAUUAAACAUUGUGAAUCGUCUGUAUGAUGUGUCUGUUAUACAUGACCAAGAAAAUCAGCCACAUCAUAUGAGACAAAAAGCAGAUAAUAUAGAUUUUAAUAUUAGUUCCAUAAUAAGAGAUUGUCAUCGAAACAUGAGUUUGUUCCAAGUUUUAAAAAUGGAAAGACUGAUAGAUCUUAAUAAAGUACUAGAAUAUCCUACUGAAUUUGAAAUUGAUGAACAUAUUAAUAAUUUAGUUUCCAAGAUUAAACUUGAAGGAGAAAUAAUAAUUUUAACACCAGAAGCAGAGAAACAGUUAAUUAGACUUGCAAAAUCACCAUUGUCUAAUAUCAACUUUCCUGCUUACACUAACGUUUUGGGAGAAAGAAUCACCUCUAUUGAUUUGAUUCAACUAGCUGAUGCUCUUAAUCAAACUGCAUCCCAAUUACCAUCAUCAAAGUCUGAUGUUAAAUUUUCUCUAGUUAAUCAAGGAUUAUACCUUAAAGUACAUCAAGGACAGCAUGUAGCUGCUAUGUUAGAUAUUAGUCAAAGGUUAGAAUCAACUGCUAAUCAGUUACAAGAACAUUUGCGAUUCAAUCAUUCAUCCUUACGAGCUGCUGUUGAACAUUUAUUGAUAGAAGUUGAACAAGCUCAAAAUUAUUUGCGUAAUGAAGGAACAACAAUUGUGACAAAAUUGGCAAGAGAAUUUGGAGAAGAAUUCAAUAAGCAUAUAGACCAAUACCUGCAAAGAGUUGUAAAUCAAGUAAGAGACGAUGUUGGAAAGUGUUGGCCUAUGUCACAGGCUUACAAUGCCACAAUUGUUUCUGGAUGUAAAAAAAUAUUAAAUCCUUAUAAUGGUUUUUGGAUGAGUGUAGGAAUUUGUUGCAUACUGUUUAUGCCUAUAAUUAUUUUGUGUGUGAAAUUAGCAUCUCUUUAUCAAAAAUCUGAUCCAUACCCUGGACCUUUAGUGGAAGCGGAGUAUUUAUAUGAUGUAUAUACAGAUCGUGAAAACAUACCUCUUGCCAACUCUAAUCAUAAGAAAAAAAAUGUACGAAAUAAACCCAGGAAAAAAACUUCUUCAACACCUGGUGGAGGAAAUCGUUCAUCAGGAAUACCAGUGGGCUAUGAAAAUAUGACUAAUCCAGAAAUUUUAGCUAAUGCAUCUAUAAAUGAGAAUUCCCGCCAUUCAGGUCAUCCUGGACAUGGUGGUUCAGUUGAUUAUAGCGCACAUCUUGGAAGAGCAAAUAUAGCAGUACCUGCCACCAGUCCUUCAGGAGUAUUAUCAGAUACACCUAAGCCAACAUGGGAUUUUCCUAAUGGAGGACCACCUCAAUAUCAAAAUCCGAUCUCAUCUGAAUAUGAACGCCCACCGCCAUAUUACUACCCAGGGCCUUCUGGACCGCCAGGAGCUCCUCCUGAAUCUCAAUCAUCUUAAACCAGUGAUAUGUUAGAUAAUUUAAAAAGUCAUAACUCAUAAGAGGAUUGACUAUUAGUCUUAAAGUGUGACCCUAUUAUUUGUUAUUAAGUGUAAUUAAAAGAAAGAUUUAUAAGCCAAGCGGAUUAAAUUUACAAUAUUCAAUUCUAAAAAUUCCUGCUGCUCUCUUAAUUAUAUUUCUAUUAAAUCCCUAUGUGUAUACAGAGUAUUAUUGCUGUUUGCGCCAAAAAAAAAAAAAAAAAAAACAUCACUAUUGUAUCAUUCCUCUAUAAAACUGCCUCAUUUAUCCAUUGUGAUCAAUUUUUUAUUAUUUUUUUUUUACUUUAGCUAAGUAGCCUACUUUUUGAAUUGUUAAUCUAGAUACAAUUUAUUUUCUAACUUAUUUUUUUAAUUUCUCCUAUUUAAUGUAGAAUGAUGUAAAUAAUUAUUAUAAGUAGGAAAAACUUGUAGACAUUGACUUAUUAUUAUGUUUAGAUAUUUGUAUUAUUGUACUAUUUUUUUUUUUGUACAUAAUUAUUAGUUACUAUAAUUAUUACUCCCUAAACUACACAUAUGGGAGCUACAAAUGAAAUAUAUUUAUUAAAAAGUUGUGAAUUAUUUGUUGUUGAAAAAUAAUUUUAAAAAUCUUUGUUUUUCUACAGCAAAAUAUCACAUAAAAUUUUAUUUUGAAUUCUUUUCUGUGGCAAUAAAAAUAAGUUAUAUACUAGUCAUAUGGCAGUUGUAAACAAAAAAUUAAGAAAUAUUGAAUUUCAGGCAUUAUAACUGAAGGGUAUAACUUAAUAAAAAUUUUUCUCUUAUAAAAAUUUAUGUGUAUUGUUAUAGAAAAGACAAAUAUAUCUUUUCAUAAUAUUUUUUUAUGUAAUAUUACUAAUAAUAGAAGUUUCAUUAAAAAUCAUGAAAAGGUGUAAACAAAACUAAAAUAUUUUUCCCUUAAAUAAUUUAUUAUAAACAAAAAUG